AUUUUUUUCUAGGUUAGUUUUGCGAUUUUUUUUCAACAGUCAACCAUCUAAAAAUAUCUCUGAUUUUGUAGGAGCUCAGCUGGAUAUUUAUCUAGGAAAAAAUGUCCAACAUUCUGGGCUCCGAAUGGAGCCUCUCGCCCGAUGGAAUAAACGCUGUAACAGAGAAUGGGGCCAUUUCCGACCAAAAACUCAUCCUCAAAAGAGCCCUAGACUGUGAUCUCAAAUCGAUUGGAAAGCCUGCUCUAGCUAAAGAGUUGGCCAAAUCCGAAGUGAAACAAUUAGUACUGCAAAUACAGAAAAUCAGAAACAUUUCAGCGCCCAAAGCCAAAGAGGGCUCACAAGCAGCCCCUCGAAUGUUGAAAAUUACCCUAACAGAUGGUGAAUCUUAUAUACAAGCCAUUGAGAUGGCCCCAAUCGGUGCCAUUAGCAGGGAAAAUACAGCGCCCGGCACCAAAGUGCUUGUCAAGGGGGCGAAGAUCUGUCAAAUGAAGGCGCUCCACCAUGGGUAGCUUUUGGGGGCAAAAUCAUCUCAGGCAGACCCGACGGUUCGUUCAAAUCGUUGGUAAAGGGCAAAGACGAUAAUUCCGACUCAGAGUUCGAACAGCUGCGAAAAGAUGCGAUUGCCGAGGCAGCCACUGGGGUUGUAAAAAAGUCGUUUGGGGGCAGAGUCAGACAGAAUGUCCAACCAGUGCAAAAUACCCAUCAAUACAAUAAAGGCCGACCACAUGAUAGAGAUAGAGGCGAUCAAGACAGGGGUAGAAGAGGCAGAUUUGCAUCCAGAGAUAAUGAUGAUGGUGCUGAAACAUUUCAAAAGCCAUCAGAAAAAAUAUCCCUUUUCUCCUUUUUGGCGGACAAGCUUCCAGUUACUGACUCACCGGCGAAUGGGGCAAAAGACAAUUUCGGAAAACCGCAAUACCAGGGACCACCCAAUCAGAACAGGAAUAACAACAAUAAGUACGGACAAUCACAAGCACAGGGCCCUUCUAACCAGAGAAGAAAUAUACUUUUGCCGUUCAAUUCAAAGGAUAUGGGAACAUCGAGGAAGUGUUGAAGCAGGACUGCUUUGCACCCAAUAACUCUCGAAGCCCGAACAGCAAUUAUCCAAACAGUUUUGCAGGUAGCUCCAUGGAAUUUCGAAGCAGACGAGGCCCGCCUAGGAACUAGCGUUUAAGCAAAAAAUAACUUUUUAUAAGUCAUAGCAUU